AUGGAUCUCCUGGAUGUGGAUAUUGCUGAUUACGAUUUUCUCAGAGACUUAGACGAUCAUGAUAAUCUUGAUCAUAAUGAUGACGAUGAUGAUGAUUUUUCUGAUCAUGGGAUUGAGAAAUUCUACGUCCAUAAUGUAACUUGCGGAAACCGGUUAUUCGGCCGGCAAAGGCCUCUUCAUUUGAUCCUCGGCGGCGGAUUAUGUGCUGAUAUUAUACUAUGGAGAAACAAAGAGAUAUCAGCAAGCGUCCUUGCCGUUGCAACAGUUAUAUGGCUUCUCUUUGAGUGGAUAAAUUAUCACUUCCUUGCAUUCUUUUGUCAUGGUUUAUUACUUUUGUUGUCUUCACUCUUCCUCUGGUCCAAUCUAGCCUCCUUCACCAAUAUUAUGUCACCACCAGAAUUUCCUCAUAUUACAUUAUCGGAAGGCUCGUUCGUGGAAGCAGCUCUUUCACUGAGGUGUGAGUAUCAUCAGACAAUGAAAACAUUACGAGAUGAUGUGAUUUUGGGAACAGAUUUUAACAAAUUUCUCAUGGUGGUUUUGCCUCUGGGAGUUCUUUCGGUUGUUGGUAGCUGGUUCAACUUCUUAACUGUCCUUUACUUAGUGACCGUGAUAUUGCUGACAAUGCCAAUGCUUUACGAGAACUACGAGGACAGUGUGGACGCCUUUGUGGGGAAAGCAUUAGUUGAAAUGAAACGGCAAUACGCUCUGUUUGAUGAGAAGGAAGCGAGAUGGCUCUUCACCAACCGAAUUUAUAGCUGGAGAUCUGUAGGAUUAGAUGCUUAUGCCUCCACAAGACUCUUAGCCUCAUAG